AUGUUGAUGAGAUUAUUAUGAUAUGAUAUGAUUCCGGGGAGAAGACGGUUACCCCCGGAAUCAGGCAGAUUGCAAUCGCCGAGGCUCCAAUUGGCCGGGCGGGUAGCCGUGGUUAUUCCUCGGUGCAGCUGGCAGCGUUCGCUGACGUCUGGGCCAGCUCCGAACCGGCGCAGAGUGGGGGUCCGAUCAGAAAUUCAUUAACUUCAUCUCCUCUUUCUCUCUAUUCUGUCCAGGAAGGUAUGGAUGGUCCUGGUUACCAUCGACAGCCGCGAUAGUCCCGCCCUUCCACACAUCCUUUUACAAUGGCAUCGAGAGGUGCUGCUUUGCCUCUGUUGAGGCGCGAGCUGUGCGCCUCCUCGCGGACCUUGAGAGGUGGUUCAUUCUCCGCCACAGCAAACACUCUGCGCGGACGCACAGCAGGCGUGUCUGCGACUACGAACAGUCGGGACCUUCGCGUCGGUUUCUUAAGCCAGACCGCUCUUCGCGGUCAGACUCGUGCUUUUACGCAGUCGUUACGGCGGAAGUACACAGACGAAGAGGGCAACUGGGAUCCUCGGCUAAACGAUCGUGAGAGCGACGAAGUCGAUGUCUGCAUUGUCGGUGGAGGCCCAGCUGGACUUGCUGCCGCCAUCCGGUUGAAGCAACUCGCAAAUGAAGCAGGAAAUGAGGAAUUCCGAGUUAUACUGCUGGAGAAGGCGGGAGAAAUUGGCGCUCAUAUCCUUUCAGGUAAUGUCCUGGAGCCGACAUCGCUCAAUGAACUCUUGCCCGACUGGCUAUCGGAGGACAACCCGAACCGAUUCGAACAUGUAACGCCCGCGAAAAGUGAUAAGAUGCGCUUCCUGACCAAGACCUCAUCAUUUCCGAUUCCUGCUCCUCCACAGAUGAACAACCAUGGAAACUACAUCAUCAGUUUGAGCCAGUUGACCAAGUGGCUGGGCGAGCGUGCGGAGGAACUAGGGGUUGAGGUCUAUCCUGGUUUCGCGGCAAGCGAAGUGGUCUACGGAAAGGAUGGUUCAGUUAAGGGUGUCGCUACCAAUGAUCUUGGUUUGAACAGAGAGGGGAAGCCGAAGGAUACGUAUGAGCGCGGAAUGGAGUUCCAUGCUCGUGUCACGUUACUCGCGGAAGGAUGCCAUGGUAGUCUCACGAAACAGGUAAUCAAGAAGUACGACCUCAGACGGGAUAGCCAGCCACAGACGUACGGAAUCGGAUUGAAGGAAGUAUGGGAGAUCCAGCCGGAGAAAUUCAAGCCUGGUGAGAUUGUCCAUUCGAUGGGGUACCCGCUGCCCACGGACACUUAUGGAGGUGCGUGGAUGUACCACUUUGGUGAUAACCUCGUCAGCCUGGGUCUUGUGGUUGGAUUGGACUAUCCCAACCCGUGGCUGUCCCCGUACGGCGAGUUCCAGAAGCUGAAGCACCACCCUCUCUUCAAAGAAGUUCUGGAGGGCGGCAAGUGUAUCUCGUACGGUGCUCGCGCUCUGAAUGAGGGAGGUUUCCAGUCGAUCCCGAAGUGCGCGUUCCCCGGAGGAGCCUUGAUCGGUGAUACGGCUGGUUUUCUGAAUGUGCCGAAGAUCAAGGGUACACACACGGCUAUCAAGUCCGGUAUGCUUGCUGCGGACGCGACGUUUUCCGCUCUGCAAGGAGCCUCGGACGGUACGGUAUUCUUGUAUGACUAUGAAGACAAACUUCGGAAAUCAUGGAUCUGGAAGGAACUGAAGGAGGUCCGCAACAUGCGUCCCUCGUUUGGAACCCUCGGUCUCUGGGGAGGCAUCAUGUACUCGGGACUGGAAGCGUACCUAUUCAAGGGAAGGACACCAUGGACCCUGAAGCACCACAGUACCGAUUCUGCCGCUACAAAGAAGGCGUCGGAGUGCAAGAAGAUCGAGUACCCCAAGCCAGACGGAGUUAUCAGUUUCGACAUCCUGACCAGCGUGAGCCGCACUGGAACGAACCACGAGGAAGACCAGCCUGUCCACCUCCAGGUGGAGGACUGGGAUAAGCACACUGAUGCUUCCUGGCCCCAGUACAAGGGCAUCGAAAAUCGGUUCUGCCCUGCAGGUGUCUACGAGUAUGUCGAGGAUGAGAGCAAGAAGCAUGGUGUGCGUUUCCAAAUUAAUGCGCAGAACUGCAUCCACUGCAAGACCUGUGACAUCAAGGUGCCAACGCAGGAUAUCAACUGGCAGACACCCCAGGGUGGCGAGGGACCGAAAUACUUCAUGACCUAGUUCUCUUUGGGAGGCAGCAUUAUUCGUUCAAUAUUUCUAUUAUUAUCUUUUUUACUAUAUCCAUCGCAUCUGCCUGUCCAUAUUCACAGCUUCUAUUCAGACUGGGAUCCCGCCGGGGAUAUAUUGUUGUUGCAUUGUCAAUCGGGCGGAAUGGCGAAGAGGAGCACACGGUGCAGAGAGAAAAGAAGAAGAGAGAAAAAAAAAGCGCAUCUGUUGUGACAAAGUGCUAUGAACAAAAUACAAUACCCAGUGUAUAUAUAGAUGUAUUUUUAUUUUUACUUUUU